CGGGUCGUCAACGCCUGUGACGAUUCCACCUUACCCAGCUAAAUGUACCUGCCUCCAGAGACCGCCUCCUUUUUGCGGUAAGGUAGCAAAGAACAACUCUACAGUGCAUACCGACUUACUCUGCCUUUCUCUCCGACUCUGUCUCCCUCUCUCUCCGUAGCACCUCGAUACCAUCCACCCUUCUUCCUGCCUCUCUGCCACCGGGGACAAAGCCCAAAGAAGCCGGGGGGGAAAUACAACAACCCGGAUAGCUUAUUAUUUAUUUUCCUUCUAUUUUGCCUUAAUACUUUCUCUCUUCUUCUAUCUCCCUGCGACCCUCCGUCUUGGUCCUAUCCCAACCAACCCGGCUCCCGCCUCGUCCUCGUCCAUACCGCCUCCGCCAGUUUCGGUCAGCCCGCGACGGGACUACCCUUCUUCAAUAGUAUCCUCAGCUACUACGACCAACGGCAGCGAGAAACGUACCUAGAAAGCAACCCCUCAGCCCGACAAAAUGGCACAGGCCGGAGGAGCAGGAGGGUCAUACAACAACCCGCUGAAGAAAUUCAAGCUCGUCUUCCUUGGCGAACAAAGCGUUGGAAAGACGUCCCUGAUAACGCGCUUCAUGUACGAUUCCUUCGACAACAUGUACCAAGCUACCAUUGGUAUCGAUUUCCUCUCCAAGACGAUGUACCUGGAAGACCGAACGGUGCGACUACAGCUCUGGGAUACGGCUGGUCAAGAACGAUUUAGGAGUUUGAUUCCGUCAUACAUUCGAGAUUCAAGUGUCGCGGUGGUUGUCUACGAUAUCUCAAAUGCGAAGUCGUUCCAGAACACCAAGAAGUGGAUCGACGACGUGCGCGCAGAGCGCGGUAACGAUGUGAUCAUCGUGCUGGUGGGCAACAAGACGGACCUCAACGACAAGCGGGAGGUCACCACGGCGCAAGGCGAGGAGGAGGCUAAGAAGAACAACCUGAUGUUCGUCGAGACGAGUGCGAAGCUUGGCCACAACGUCAAGAGCCUUUUCCGGAGGAUAGCGCAGGCUCUCCCCGGCAUGGAGGGCGCCGACGCCGCUGCACAGGCAUCGUCACAGAUGAUCGAUGUCAAGACCAAUGCGCCUGCCUCUCAGCAGGAAGGAUGUUCGUGCUGAAGCAGAGAAGGUGGCCGAGACGGCACGACCCCAUUUACGAGAGAGAGGAGAAUAGAACGAAACGGGAGGAUGGGAAGGAUGGGGAGUAUGUGGCAACUAUGCUGCCGCCGCCCCUGCUGCUGCCACUCGCACAGCGGGGCGACACGCGAGGAGUGGGCAGAGCAGAUUCUGUGCAUAGCGAAUGGGCCAGCAAGAGAUGUUGUACUAUACGGGAGUCAUCUCACGAGACGAAGCCACGAGAGAACCGGGGAACCGACGAUUGCAAGUACGACGUUUAGUAUAAGUAAUAUCUGUUAUCUUUCCGCGCGCCUACCUCCUUAUCGGUGUCGGCCGUCGACGCCAAACGAGCGCAGAAGCAUCUACGUGGUAGGGGGUACGAGAUGUGGCACUGGCCAGCUGGAGCUAAUAUUGUAGGGGUAAACAUUUAUCAUCUCCGCACGAUGCGACGCAGCCAUGAA